UCAUGUAAGACGGACAUUGAGGAAGAGUAAAUCCAGACGGUGGCAGUAAUGCAACUUUAAGGAUGCUAACUGCCUUGAAACCUCAUAAACAAAGAAGAAAAAGAAGAGUACGCACAACAUCCUUGGUACGCAGGGCACCUGAAGGCAACACAACAUGAACGUAAACUUCGGUGUGACAUAGAGUGCGCGCUGGUGUAAACCCGACUUGGAGAUGGCAACGUUGAGUUGUUUGGUCUAACGCUAAAAGACUCGGUUCGGGGGAAACUCUGGCUAGACCAAGCGAGUUGAGCCGACAUGGGGACACUGUGGUCUCGUAGCGACAGUAGCCGGUCUCUCCUCCCGGAGAGGCAGGGCUCUGAGCGGGGAGGAGAGGACAGAGAUUCCGAUAACGACUCUUUGGAUGGGCUCGUCAGACGGGAGGACAUAGCUCAGUUCCCCUACGUGGAGUUCACCGGCAAGGACAGCAUAACGUGUCCAACAUGCCAAGGCACUGGACGAAUACCCUCCGAACAAGUGAAUGAACUGGUUGCAUUGAUCCCGUACAGCGACCAAAGGCUGCGACCCCAGAGAACGAAGCUGUAUGUGGUCCUGUCAGUGGUGUUGUGCCUCUUGGCGUCGUCACUCGUGGCCUUCUUCCUCUUCCCUCGCACUGUGGUUGUGGUGGAUGAUGGGAUACACUCGGUGACUGUGCACUUCGACCGCUCCAACAUGAAGGUCCUAAUGAACAUGACGAGCACUCUGAAUCUCAGCAACCCGAACUUCUUCUCGGUGCUGGUGCAGAGUGUGAACAGCCAGGUCCUUUACAUGAAGACGGUGAUCGGAACUCAGCAGCUCGACAACGUCACCUCCAUCCUGCCGCUCAGUCAGAUACAGGUGAACUACACUGUCAGUGUGGCGAUUGGUGGCAGUGCACCCUACGUCUAUGCUUUCUGCACCAUGCCCAGCAUAAAGGUCCACAACAUUGUCGUAUAUAUGCAAACCACGGUGAAAACCUCAAACAUAGUGCGAACAUCCCAGAACAGCCUGGAGGCCUAUCGCUACAUAGACUGUGGUUCCAACAGCACAUGGCACAGCCACCUCUCCCCCGCCCACUCUGCAGCCAUAUCUCGGCUCAACUUUGCUCUGCUGUGAGCGAGUGAGUGAGCAAGCGGAACAGGCGGCUCACCUCUCUGGAGGAGGUUGGGAGAUGUAGGCGCACACUCCAGGAUGGAUUUUGCAGACAUACCCACCAGCAGCAAAAUACCAGAUGGUGCUUUCUUCUAAGCUCACAGUAUUGGUAACAUUAAGUAGCUGGUAACUUGUGCCGUUUUUGUUAAAUGAACAUAGGUUUCCAUCGGACAGCCCAGAGGCAACAGAUACAGGCUUUUCUUUUGCGCCUCCUGUCGAGCAUAAAUAUUUCUUUCCCUAGAGCUACUUGUGGUUUUUAACUUGCCUUCGUGGGGGCUAAAGAUUGACUAAACUUAUCGUGUAUAGAAACCUUUGAAAAGGCAGUUCUGCUGUUUCAAACUUGUUGACAGAUUGUGUCACAUGCUCUACUGAAAAUGGAAUGAGAAAUUGAACGAGGCGUUGCCAACGAGCACCCUGUCGCUCGGUUUCUGAAGCAGGACAGAUGUGAGAGAAAGCUCUUUUCUUUUCCUUUGCUAUAGCUUUAAUUAACAGAGCUCUGUCUGUGUCUGCUGCUGUUGUAAUAUCAGCAUUGUUCAGCAUAGCUUGAAUGGAAUUUUUGGGAUUUGUAACACUGUGUUGGACUAAAGACCACUGACUUUUCUUUAAAAAAACAAAACAAAAAGGGAAGUGGAGGAGGAGCUGGCCUGUUGUUGUUUCUAUUUUGGAUUUAUGCGAACACAGACGGGAUAAUAUAAUGUCGGUUUUUGCACCUUGAAACUUGCUUUUGCUGCGUUAAAAUAAGGUUGAAAAUAGCAUUUACAUAUUUAACCCAGAUGUUUUUUUAAAUGAAUUGAUAAGUUAUUUUUUGGUACCUCUCAUCACAGCAAGUCUAAGCACACUGAUUUUAGAUUCAGGGUAAAUAUCUAGUGUCAUAGCGAAGAAAACUGCUCUCAAGACUACAUGUUCUUCAAAGUCGUAAUGACACUCGUGUUAUGAACAGGGUAUAAUGGAGUGAAUUAUUGGUUCAGUGAGAUCAUACAUUUUUUACCAUUUACACUCCUGGCUUAGCUACUGAAAGAGGAAUCUAAUUUGUGCUGUUGAACCUCUGUAUACAGUAUCCUCUCCACCAUGGCCUUAAAAAUC